UCUUCUCCUUCCACGCUCUGUCCAGGAUCAUGAUCAGUUGAUUAUGUAAAUGUACAACAACUCAAUUACCAUCAAUUUUACCUUGAAAUUUCACCAGACCAGCACAUAAUUCAUUUAACCCGUGGCACAACCUCUAGUCUAGAACCUCGAGAUUAAAUUUGGUACAGUGAGAUCCAUGCGCUCGGCUCGAAGCUGAUGAACUUCUUUGAACCAUUUUAGUCCCAUUUGACUAAAAAUUGAAGAUAUCCUUGAGGGUCCAACGACGAGAGAUACGAGCAUUGUCAUGAAGGUGGAGAAAGCAACGGAAGCGGACAUACCUGCGCUGAACGCUUUGACCCACUCCUGCUAUCGGGGUCAAGAGUCCUUUCAGGGCUGGACCUCAGAAGCCAACAUGCUCGACGGGAACAGAACGACGCCUGAAAGGUUACUUCGGGAAAUGGGGAACCCGGAUAUCACCUUCCUCAAGGGGCUAAACGAGUCGGGAGAGAUGAUCGCUUGCUGCCUCACCCACAAGCAGGGGAACAGCAUAUUCACAGGAAUGCUCUGCGUCCGACCACACCUCCAGGGGACAGGACUUGGGAAGGAAAUGAUGGCCGCAGUUGCAACAAUGGCAAAGUCUCUCGGCUGCACCAACUUGAAAAUCGAGGUCAUCACGCACAGGAAGGAGUUGGUUGAGUGGUACGAGCGACAAGGGUUUCGACCCACGGGAAAGUCAACUCCUUUUCCUGAACCAACAAUUGAAUUUGGGAUCCCAAAACUUGACCUUGUUCUAAUGGAGAUGAGUAAAGAGUUGUUGUAGUAAAAAUAUUAAUAAAAGUUCAAAUAUGCAAAAAUUA